ACCUUUCACGCUCUCCACGUGCUCGCUCCAUUGCUAAUAGCAAUACUGUGACGUAACUCUCCAACUUAUGAAGCUUGCAAUAAUAAUGUUUUGAGGACAUUUCUCUCUCCGAACCCUCCCAUGCAUGGCCUCUUCCGUAUUCCUUUCCGUUUAUCUCAUUAUCUCCGUCAUCGUCCUUUUGUCGAACAGGUGCUGCGCGUUUCAAUGCGGGGUUUCCUACGACACGAUCACCGUCCUCAACGCGUUCCCUCACGACCCACAAGCCUUCACUGAGGGUCUUCUUUAUCAUGGAAAUGACACCUUAUUUGAGUCAACUGGCCUUUAUGGGGAGUCAUCCGUCCGUAAAGUUGCUCUUCGUACUGGGAAGGUUGAGAAUAUUCAGAAGAUGGAUGAUUCUUUAUUUGGUGAAGGCUUAGCUCUCCUCAAUAAUAGGCUGUUCCAGCUAAAUUGGUUGCAGAAAGAUGGUUUCAUAUAUGAGCCAAAAAAUUUAAGCCAAAUAGGGACAUUUAAAUAUGAUAUGAAAGAGGGUUGGGGUCUGGCAACUGAUGGAAAAGUCUUGUUUGGAAGUGAUGGCAGUUCAACAUUGUAUCAAUUUGAGCCUCAACCAUUUAAAGUUGUAUCAAAACAAGUUGUUUACUACAAGGGUCAUCAAGUGCACAAUCUCAAUGAAUUGGAAUACAUAAAUGGUGAAGUUUGGGCCAAUGUUUUGCCGACUGACUGCAUUGUAAGAAUCUCUCCCCAUGAUGGAAGGGUUCUUGGAUGGAUUCUCCUCCAAAAUUUGAGGAAAGAACUUGUGGAAGCUGGGGAGAUUAGUGAUCGUGAUUUUUUGAAUGGGAUAGCAUGGGAUGGUGAGCAGAAUCGUAUUUUUGUGACUGGAAAACUAUGGCCAAAGCUGUAUGAAAUCAAGGUUUCACCUAUAAAGAAACCAAUUGAAGAAGGGAUCAUCGAGCAACUUUGCUUGUAUGAGCCUUUGAAUGGGGGAUUUGUGUUGGCUGACCCAGCCCAAAGAGAAUGAGGUGAAGCUGAACAUAAAAUGAUGGCCUUAAGAGGACCCAAAAGGAUGUUCGAGACAACUCACAGGUUGAAAAAACUUUAUCUUAUAUUGGGUUUAGGAUAAAUAUCAUUAGAUUAUGUAUUUUGGCAAAUGAUAUUAAUAAAGUAUACUCCAUUUUCCCUUUUUUUUUCCAUGGAUUUUCUUAAUUAAAUGCCCUUCUCAA